GGAAUGCAAAAUGCGAAUGGCUCUUGAAGAAGAAGAAGCAGAGGGAGGAAUUUUAACAAAUUACCGAGGAAAAAGGCAAGAAACGGGCGAAGAAAGCAGUGUGUGUGCAUUGGCAAGUGCAUAACUCCUCACCACACACACGCACACGCACCGACAUAGCAGGGAGCACACACACAAAUCCCAAACAGGACCGAGGUAACCAGGACAAAAACCCCAGCUUAGAUGAUGAGCAGCAGAACGCAGGACGCGGACGGUGCCUCGAUCAGAUUCAGCGACCACACACUGGACAAGGCCACCAAGGCCAAGGUGACGUUGGAGAACUACUACAGCAACCUGGUGACGCAGUAUGGCGAGCGAAAGCAGCGCCUCGCGAAACUGGAGGCGCAGCUGAAGGACGAGAGCCUGUCGGAGGCGCAGCGACAGGAGAAGCGGCUGCAGCAUGCCCAGAAGGAGACGGAGUAUCUCCGGCUGAAGCGAUUGCGCCUCGGUGUGGAGGACUUUGAGGCCCUCAAAGUCAUCGGACGCGGAGCGUUCGGUGAGGUGCGUCUGGUGCAGAAAAAGGACACGGGACAUGUGUACGCCAUGAAGGUGCUGCGCAAAGCAGACAUGCUGGAAAAGGAGCAAGUGGCCCACGUACGCGCCGAGCGCGAUGUCCUUGUCGAGGCCGAUCAUCAGUGGGUGGUCAAGAUGUACUACAGUUUCCAGGAUCCGGUCAAUUUAUAUUUAAUAAUGGAGUUCUUGCCUGGUGGUGAUAUGAUGACGCUUUUGAUGAAGAAGGACACGCUAUCCGAGGAGGGCACACAGUUCUAUAUCAGUGAGACGGCAUUGGCGAUCGAUUCUAUUCACAAACUCGGUUUCAUACACAGGGAUAUCAAGCCCGAUAACUUGCUGCUAGACGCGCGAGGGCAUCUGAAGCUCUCUGAUUUCGGACUUUGUACUGGCUUAAAGAAGUCGCAUCGGACGGACUUUUAUCGGGACUUGUCGCAGGCAAAACCAUCAGAUUUUAUUGGCACUUGUGCCAGCUUGUCCUGCAGUCCUAUGGACUCUAAGCGACGUGCCGAGUCUUGGAAGCGAAACCGACGCGCCCUCGCCUACAGCACCGUGGGAACGCCGGACUAUAUUGCACCCGAAGUAUUCCUGCAGACUGGCUACGGACCCGCCUGCGACUGGUGGUCCCUGGGCGUCAUCAUGUACGAAAUGCUGAUGGGCUAUCCUCCAUUCUGCUCCGACAAUCCCCAGGACACCUACCGCAAGGUGAUGAACUGGCGCGAGACGCUGAUAUUUCCUCCAGAGAUCCCCAUUUCGGAGGAGGCCAAGGAGACGAUUAUCAACUUCUGCUGCGAGGCCGAUCGCCGUUUGGGUUCCCAGCGCGGUCUCGAGGAUCUAAAGUCCGUGCCGUUCUUCCGGGGAGUUGACUGGGAGCACAUACGUGAGCGUCCCGCGGCCAUACCCGUUGAGGUGCGCUCAAUCGACGAUACGUCCAAUUUCGACGAGUUUCCCGAUGUGUCUCUGGAAAUACCAUCGGCGCCCAUACCGCAAGGCGGUGAGAUUGCGAAGGACUGGGUCUUUAUCAACUACACAUACAAGCGAUUCGAGGUGCGAAAUUUGGAGUGAAUCCAGACUUAAAACUGGAGCAGUAGCAGUAUCAGGAGCAGCUUAAAGGUUGCCGCACUUUGCCACCCAUUUUAUCACCACCACAGCCGUCGUCUCUCUAACAGCAUCACCACCAAGAGCAUUCUCCACGCUAAACGAAAUCCCCAAUUUUCCUUUUUGAAUGUCUUACCUACAUGUGUAUUUAAAUACUAGCUAACAUUUGUGAUUCCAAACAAAAAGAAGAAUAUGAUAGCGCGAACAAACGA